CCAACUUGCGGAAACUGGAUGAAUUUUGCAUUAGUUGCAGAAAAUUCGCGAGGGAGGAGGGGUAAGACCAACCGAACAAGACACUGCUUGCUGAGCUGCGCACUGGACACGCCCCUAAAUGGUGUUCUCCGCUGCAUUCGGUGUGCUCGGCGGCGAUGACUAGUCGGAAAAUUGCGCUGGACCCAGAGUAAAAUCGCCGCAAAUCAUGGCAGGGUGGGUCGAAAGCGUGAAGCGGUCGCCGCUGGUCGCCCUGCUGAUGGCCAUCACGUACUUCGUGUCCGGUCUGCUCAUCAAUUUCUGUCAACUCGUCCUCUGGAUCGGGGUUCGCACCUUCGACAAAAAGCUGUACCGCCGGCUCAAUUAUUACUUGGCCUAUUCGCUCUACAGUCAGUUGGUGUUUUUGGCCGAGUGGUGGGCCGGGUGCGACCUGCUCAUCUACAUCGACCGCGACGAUUUUGACAAAUACUACGGCAAGGAGCACGGCUACCUCAUCAUGAACCAUGCCUACGACAUUGACUGGCUGAUGGGCUGGGUUUUCUGCGACCGAAUCCGACUUUUAGGGAAUUGCAAAACUUACGCCAAAAAAGUGCUGCAGUUCAUCCCGACAAUGGGCUGGGCCUGGAAGUUCGGGGAGAGCGUUUUCCUGGAGCGCAACUGGGAGAAGGACAAGCAAAUCAUCAGCACGCAACUGAAAGAAUUAGUCGAAUAUCCGAGUCCGAUCUGGCUGCUCCUGUACGCCGAAGGCACACGCUUCAGCGAACACAAACAUGCAGCCAGCAUGAAAUUCGCCAAGGAAAGAGGCUUGCCGUUGCUCAAGCACCACUUGGUGCCGCGAACAAGAGGAUUCACCAGCAGCAUCCCCCAUCUCAAAGAGAAGAUGGGAGCCAUUUACGACGUUCAGCUCGCUUUCAAAAAGGAUGACAAAGUAAAGCCUAAUCUGCAUAAUCUGCUGGUCGGCAAGGGCGUCACUGGUCACAUUUGCAUUCAACGUAUUCCUAUGGAAGAAGUCCCGGACGACGAACAAGCAGCUUCGAAAUGGCUCCAUGAGCUCUAUCAAAGAAAGGAUAAAAUGCAAGACAGUUUCUACAAGACGGGCGACUUUUUCAAAGAGAGCGGAUUGAAAAGGAUCGAACCGUUCAAACUGCCCCGUCGGAAAGCAUCUCUAAUCAAUUGGUGCGUUUGGUUUGUGGUCACUUUGGUGCCAAUGAGCUAUUGGUUGACCUACCUCCUUACCUCUGGCUCCACUAUCAAAUUCAGCAUCGGAGCAGCAAUCAUUGCCAGUUUCUUCUUCCUGUUGUACAAAAUUAUCGGCAUGACCAAGAUUAGCAAGGCCUCUUCCUACGGGAGUGAUGCGAAACGCGACUGAAUGCCACAUAGAGAGAGAAAACUAUGCGAAAACUAGUGCACUAAAUACAGAGAAAAAAAUAAUAUUAUUUAACGAACUGAAUGGAACGAAUCGACUUGAACGAAUGCACACAAACAUUAAACUCACACACACAAAAAAGCAAAAAAAAAAACAAUGAAUGUACUUAAAUUGACUGUGUUCCCGACAAAGCUACUUUUGAUAUGAAUGUUUAUUCUCAUAUACGUGGUGCAGGGCUAGCAGUGUUCUGUAGUUAUUAUACUUGUUGGUGUUGUAACAUUAAUACAUGUUGACAUAUUAUUUGGA